CAGUAAGAAACUAAUGUUUACAGCACUAAUUCACCGUGAGUACACAUCUAGAUCUGUCAUCUCCAUCUGGCACGGCAAGCGAGGGAAAACAAGUGAACAGCACCGAGUGAGCGUCGGCGAGAUCAAAGUUGGCGUAGCUGUCAGAUUCCGGAGCAGAUUCGACGUGACAUUAGCCUACUGCGACUGGAGCGCUGCUAGAAUAAGUGAAAAAGGAAUACAACCCAAUCUUCAGUACGAAUAAGUGAUUCUUCUAAGCUUAUUUCAAAAUUCACUUUACCUAUACCAUUAACACUUUGUUAGAUUGCAACUUGUAUAGAUGACGAAUUAAAUGCAAUUACGAG